ACAACCUCCUGCAGAGCAAAAGUGGCGAUAUGGCAGAGAUCACCUUCCCGAAGCACUGGAGUGAAUUGGGAUGGCGGCAUGGAGGAAACGUGGUCACCGUCAACUUUUUCGGUGAAGGGUUGAAUAAAAAGCACAACUUGGAGCGCUGCUGUGGAAUGAUCCUCCGCGCGGCGGAAGAGAUAGGCGUCCCGAUAACCAAGGGUGCUGGCCUAGGCUUCUCGGUCACUCGGAUUUACGAAUCCUCGGCCUUCCUGAAGAAUGUGGAUCCGUAUCUCCGCAUCUCUGUCGGCGUAGAAGCAGCGCAUGUCGAGCUUGUGGCUCAAGCCAUCCUACAAGGAAUGGAACAAUACUGUCGCUCAGCUACACGGGUCAAUUUGGAUGUGCGUCAGAGAUUCUAUGAUGUAUCGUUUUAUGAAGCUAUAGCAAUCGCUGCGGACAUCAGACGCAGAUAUAUACAGGAGCGGGUUGUGUUUAUCCCAGGGACUCGGCUGAUUCCGAUCCUCAAGGCUUUUGGUGCCCAGCAGGAGGAUUUCGAGGCCCUUCACAGCGUCAGCGACCACCUGGGCAAGGAUCCCACGGUCGAUUACCGGACCAUCAAAAAUGGCCGCUUCAGUUUCGACUUUGGGGAAAAGACCAUUCGACGUCUCGAAAAGCAACUCUUCACCCUCACUGUCGGAGAGGGCUACAAGCGACAUGACUCCGGAAUAGCUCGAGACUUCCCCGAAGUCACCGGAGAUCUUCAAUACAACACGGUGGUACAAGCUCUCAUGGUCUUCAAAGCAUUUAUUAUGAAUGAAGUCGUCGUAGAGCCCCGUGAGUAUCUGGAUUACUCGAGCCCGUAUUGGAUAUGCAACCUGUUCAAUGUCCGAACAUUUACCGAAAAAGAUAUCCUAGGGGAGAUUACCCUGGAAGGGGUCCACUCCGAUGGGGGAGACCAUACGAUGACGACUUUCCUUGGAUGUACCAACAUGAGAUCUGAUAGCGGUGUCACCUUCGUGCAUGAUCAGAAGGAGACAACAGGAAUUCCGGUUCAUCAGACCCAGUCCAUCCUGGUGAAGCAUCGACUCCAGCAUCGUCACUUCUUGGACACUAUUCUCCUGGUCGACAAUGAGGCCAAGCACAGUCUCACCCCACUGUAUCCCAUUGAUGCAUCCCAACGGGCUACGCGUGACAUGCUGGUCUUGAUCACCCGAAAGCCCAGGCUGCCGGGACAUGCAUCUGAAAUGGUUGAUCAGCUUGCAUCUCAUACUACGCUUCCGUUGCAGAUCCCAUUUUGGCUACCUUCUUAGAACAUAGAACUAAAAGGUCCCACUGAGUAUGAAGCCGAAUCCAAAAGGGAAAGAAAGAAAGACUGAAAGAAAAGCACAAGAAUGAUAAGAAGGUUUAGUAUUUUCCUGUGGAGUGCAAGUAAAAUCUAAAA